CGAUGACGAUGACCGUCAUCGUCAUUGUCAUCGUCAUUGUCAUCGUCAUCGUCAUCGUCAUCGUCAUCGUCCUCGAGGCAGUGACGCUCGUUGCAUUUUUUCCGCGACGCCUUUGGGGGAGCAAUUUUGGCCUGAGGCGGCCGUUCGGGGCGUUUCUGGUGUUCCCCGCAGGCCCUGGACGAGGCGCCACUGCUGGGAAGCACGCGCCUGGGCCCGGGAACACCCAAGGAACAUCACCCUUCCGGGAAACUGCACCUGGUACGGUGGGAAUACGACGCGCUUCGCGCGCUACUGCAUCGACCUGGAGGUCUUCGACCCCGACGUCCAGUGGGGGCAGUUUGCGGAGGACAUCCGCGCCUCCUGGCCGGUGCUGGCCGCCGCCCCCGCCGUCGCCCUCGUGCUCGGCUUCCUGUUCCUCGGCUUCGUCCACCGCUGCGGCGCCUCCUGCUUCUGGGCGACCCUGCUGAUCACGACCCUCGUGCCACUCGGCGCGGGCAUAGCGAUCUACCAGCAGGCCGACUCCAGGGGCGGCGCCAGCAUGCCGGGGCUCAGCAAGGUCAGCCCGUCCAACUUGAAGCUGGCCGCGUACACCCUGUGGGCGCUGUCGGGCGCUAUGCUUCUGAUCAUGUGCUGUUUCGUUAGCGCGAUCAAGAACGUGGUUGCCGUGAUGCGGGCCACUUCCCAGUUCCUGAAGGAUGUGCCGUCGCAGAUGCUGCAGCCUGUGCUUGUCGGCGUGGCGCAGUUCGUUGUCUUCGUUGGCUGGCUAGUGAUCUUCGUCGGAGUGGCAUCCAUCGGAGCGGAAGAAGGGGACAUGAAGAAGUGCCUCGAACUCGGCGACGUGUACUGCUUGGAGUGGUCCACGAACACUCACGUCGGCGGGCUGAUCUUCCUGUCCUUCAUGCUCUACUGGUCCCUGAACUUCCUGCACGCGCUCAGCCACUUCGGCACCAGCAGCGCAGUGGUCGCGUGGUACUUUACCCCGGUUGACGUCCUCACAGGUCGCAAGCUGCCCGCCGGGGGCGGCCAUGCCUUCUGCGACUGCCGCCUGACCGUCCGAAGCUUCUGCCGCGGGCUGGUGUGCCACCCAGGCUCGCUGGCGUUCGGCGCCUUCGCGAUCUCGUUGGCCCAGUGCGGAAGGCUGCUCAUGUGGUGGGCCAGCAAGGACAGCGAGUCGAACCCGCAGAACCCGCUGGCGAGGUGCGUGAGGCAGUGCGUGAACUGCAUCGCGGACUGCUUCGCGCGCUUCAUCGAGUUCGUGUCCGAGCACGCCUACGCGGAGGUUGCCCUCCGAGGCGAGGGCUUCUGCUCCUCGGCGAAGGCGUCCGCCGCGGCCGCCUGCCUGAAGCCCGCGCUCUUCGCCCUGGUGGGCCGCGUCGCCCUCGCGGUGCGGCUGCUCGGAGUGCUCUCCGUCGUCGCAGGUCAUGCUGCACCCGUUCAGCGCCGCCGCGCGCGCCUCCCUCCACUGCCUGGUCCUCGAUGAGAGCCGCUCUUGCGACAUGGGCCUGCCGG